CUCCACAUCAAGAAACUUUUUUGUUUUCAUUCAAAUUCUUUCCACAAGACACAAGACAUAAAAAAAUAUUUUAAAUUCACUUUUAAUUUACAAUUCAAUCAAAUCAUUCAGCAUAAAUUAAAUUAAAAAAUGGACUGUGAGGACCUCGAGCCAACCUUAAACAACGUCAUCGAGCAAUCAACACUUAAAUGGAUUUUUGUUGGAGGCAAAGGCGGUGUCGGUAAGACAACAUGCAGUUGUUCCUUAGCUGUACAAUUGGCUAAAGUUCGUCCAUCCGUGUUAAUCCUGUCGACUGAUCCCGCACACAACAUUAGCGAUGCUUUCGAUCAGAAAUUCACAAAAGUUCCUACAAAAGUCAAUGGAUUUGAGAAUCUAUUUGCUAUGGAAGUAGAUCCAAGUGUUGGGGUUAAUGAACUUCCGGAUGAAUAUUUUGAGAGUGAAGAUUCAUCGUUGAAAUUGACGAAAGGAAUUUUGCAGGAAAUUGUUGGUGCUCUGCCUGGCAUCGACGAGGCAAUGAGCUAUGCCGAAGUGAUGAAAUUAGUUAACUCAAUGAACUUUUCAGUCGUUGUAUUCGACACAGCGCCAACCGGUCACACAUUACGUCUUCUGUCGUUUCCACAAGUCGUCGAGAAAGGAAUUGGCAAAAUGUUGCGUCUUAAAAUGAAACUUCUUCCAUUUAUGAAUCAAGUAGGCUCAAUUUUCGGUGUCAGUGACUUUAAUGCUGACUCAUUUACAAAAAAAUUGGAAGAAAUGCUGAACAUAAUUCGGCUAGUGAAUCAGCAAUUUAAGAAUCCGGACCAGACGACCUUCAUUUGUGUCUGUAUUGCUGAAUUUUUGUCACUUUACGAGACGGAACGUUUGAUUCAGGAACUUAUGAAGACCGGCAUUGACACCCAUAAUAUUAUUGUUAAUCAAUUGCUGUUUAAGAAGGAAGGACAGCCACCAUGUACAAUGUGUGAGGCUCGAUUGAGGACACAGACAAAGUAUUUAGAUCAAAUGGCUGAUUUAUAUGAAGAUUUUCAUGUUGUUAAGUUGCCUUUGUUGGACAAGGAAGUUCGAGGAACUGAAAAAGUUAAAGAAUUUUCAGAAAAUUUAAUCGUUGCUUACAAACCAUAAAUGGAAGUGAAAGUUCGUCAAAAAUUCCAAAAAAAAAUUUUUAUUUUCUGUGACUUAAAGCGAAUAGAUGAAAAUAAUGGUGGAUGGACAUGAUUGAUGAUUAUAACAAUAAAAUGCUAUUUGAAGAU